GAAGAGGAAGAAAGGAGGUCUGUUGCUAGAGCCAGAUGAGAAAGAGGAAGAAAAAACUCAGCCGAAUGAAGAGGAGGAGGAAGAGGAAGUGGAUAAUGUAGAACAGGUGGAAAGAAACAGAGAAGAAGAAGAAAAAAAGAAAGAGGAUGCUCUUUGGGCCAGCUUUCUUAGCGAUGUGGGACAGAAACCCAAAGCAGUGGCUGCCACGCAAAUGACGCAAGCAAAGAAGGCUGAAGAAGAGAAGAGUGGGAAGAAGCUUCAGGAGAAACCAAAAGAGAUCGAGAAGCCAAAAGAUUCAGGAAAAGUGACGAUCACCAAAGUGUUUGAUUUCGCUGGUGAGGAGGUCAGAGUGACUAAAGAAGUGGACUCGACUUCAAAAGAAGCUAAAUCUUUUCUGAAGCAGCAGGAGAAAUGGCAGUCGGCAGCUCCAGCUUCCCUCCCCACAGUCUCUGGGGUGAAGAGGCCAAGUGGCAUGAGCAGCCUCCUGGGGAAGAUUGGCUCCAAAAAGCAGAAGAUGAGCACACUGGAGAAAUCUAAACUGGACUGGGAGAACUUCAAGGAGGAGGAGGGGAUUGUGGAGGAGCUGGCGAUCCAUAACCGAGGGAAAGACGG